UUGAGACUUGAGGGGCAGCUUGGCAGUCCAAGCUUUCCCCUCCCCCUCCCAAAUCCCCGUGCCACCGGGCCUCCGCCGCCGCCCUCUCCGCGGAUCACGUGCGCGGCGGCUUUGCUCAGCUUCCUUGCGGCGAGUACGGGAGGAGGAGAAGGAGGAGGUGCUGGGCCGGGGGGCUAUCUCUGGAUCUCGUGGAGCCGCUGUGCGCCGAGAGUGAUCAUGAGCUCGAGAAACCUCGUCCGAUCCCCGGUGUCCUGUAGUGUUGCUAACAAUGGAUGCUUCACCUCCAAUACAUGCCGUUCAAGAAACUACUAUCAGCAUAUUCAUAGCACUAAUUUGCAAAGUUUGCAAGUAGACUGGAAAUUUUUGCCUCGCAAAUUAAGGAAAUCAACUCAGCGGAACACUUCAUUUUCCACCCAGAGGAAGCUUGUACCACGCUGUUCAUCAGACCUUAGUACUUCCUGCAGAGAAGAGGUGCCCAACUAUUUAGCAGUCAAUGUUUUGCAAGACCAAUCAAAUACAACUCAGUUAGCUGCUCGUAAAGUGCUUGUCAUCUUGAAUCCUAAUUCUGGAUUUCGAAGCACUCGGGAUGUUUUCUACAAGAAAGUGCAAUUGAAGUUAAGGCUUUCAGGCUUCAUGAUGGAAGUUGUCGAAACAGCAUAUGCUGGCCAUGCGAAGGUUCUUGCUUCUACUGUUGACCUCAACAAAUGCCCUGAUGGUAUUGUAUGUGUUGGUGGCGAUGGAAUUGUAAAUGAGGUUUUGAAUGGUUUACUUGGUAGAGAUGAUUUUGAAGUGGCAAUUCGGCUUCCCAUUGGAAUAAUACCUGCUGGUUCUGAUAAUUCAUUGGUGUGGACUGUUCUUGGCAUCAAGGAUCCUGUUUCUGCUGCAAUUGCUUUAGCUAAGGGUGGUUUCACACCAAUAGAUGUGUUUGCCGUAAAAUGGAUCCAAGCUGGUGUUUCUCAUUUCGGUUUGACAGCUUCCUACUAUGGUUUUGUAGCUGAUGUUCUGCAACUAUCUGAAAACUUCCGCCUGCAGCUUGGUCCCUUCCGUUAUGUUGCAGCUGGCCUUCUGAAGUUUCUGUCAUUACCUCAAUACAGAUUUGAGGUGGAAUAUCUGUCUUUAUCACCAGGGAGAAAUCCUGAACUGAAACCACUGACUGAAAAAUCUCAUGAGCAGCUUUCUGGUGAUGGCAAGGUUAGGAGAGGUAGGAUUGAAGAUAGCUGGAUUACCAGGAGAGGGGAGUUUCUUGGCAUUUUUGUCUGCAAUCACUUUUGCAAGCCUGCACGGGGUUUACUUUCUCCAGUUAUUGCACCAAAAGCUCAGCAUGAUGAUGGCAGUCUGGACUUGAUUCUUGUCCAUGGAAGUGGCAGACUCAAACUGUUUUGCUUCUUCAUCGCGUAUCAGCUUUGCUGGCAUCUCCUACUUCCUUUUGUGGAAUAUGUCAAGGUAAAACAAGUAAAGAUUAGGCCGAUUGGCAAUACUCACAAUGGUUGUGGUGUUGAUGGGGAGCUUCUUCGUGGAGAGGGCAAAACCGAAUGGCAGUGCUCGCUGCUUCCAGCACAAGGCCGGUUGCUCGGCCGGCAUCCCGAUGCAUUGGAGUAGCAACUAUCGAACCUUUGAGCAGUCAUUCUGUUGUGUUGAGCAGUACAGUGAUUUUUUUCCGAUUAAUGAAAAAUGAAGGCAUUUGUAUUCCACUAUUGUUUCCAACUAUGUAUUGUGAGUUUGUAAAUAAGGGUCACGACCUUAGUGCACAAAAGGGUGGCACGUGCUAGUCAUGGUAGUCCUGCGGGGACACUCAGUCUGGACUCCAUAUUCUACCAUGUUAUCAAACCUAGCAGGUGCAGAGUUGGGACUGGAAAUCUGGAACAGCGCAUUGUAAAUUGCUUAUCAUGACACCCUGGUACCCUCUGUGAGGGGUGCACCACCAAUGAGGAAGUUCAUGUCUGGUGGCCAUAUUCACAGUCAAAAGCGGGAGGUGUCCUCAAGGAUAUAUACUUAACAUUGUCUUGAAAAUGGGUGACAAACCUGGUAGAUGCGAAUUGGUAAGGUGAGAUUAUUGAAUGGCAAGGGAGUUGGCCCUGGUAUAUUGCUGGAUUGAAAGGGGCGUGGCCCAUGGUGCAAGCUAGCUAGAAAUGUGGUGGCUAUGAGAGUCAUGCAUGUUGGUUAAGAUGACAGCCCUUGAUUCAAUGCCAAGCUACAUCAACCACAAUGAUACUGUAGCUUUGGCUUUGCCUCCUUCCAUUGUUGAAGCUGUGCAUACUGUUAUCUGCAUUUCUGCUAUCGUGAUUUGCUGAGGACGUGGGUGGUACUCAGUCUUGAUCAAUACAAAUACACAAAUGUCCGGUCGUCUGCUGAGAACAUUAUGAGCCAUCGGACAAGUGGAUCAUCUAUGUGCCUUUGGACUUUGGAGCCACAUCAUCUCGACGAUUCAGCAAGCUACUUUCGUUUGUAUGACAGGAAGGCUGUUCCGUCUUUAAUUUAUUCUUUGGCUCCAGACCCAAGCAAAGACCACACCGCACAUGUCCUUCAAUUUUCUGAAAGCCAAUCUCGCAAGCUAUGAGAGGUGAAGCUACAUUCAGAAGCAACUGAAGAACGGGAAGCUCUUAUUUUUUUAAGGCAGCUUUCGCACACUGACGGUACGCUGCCUCGCUGUGUCGGCCACUUCAAUUCUCUCCCAGCACACACCAUUUCUCUUUUUCAUCGAAAAUGCCGGAGAGCUGUGCUUCUCUUUUUAUCAAAAAGAAGAAUAUGAAGUUUGUUGGGUUACACAUCGUAAAACACACUCACCCUGAGAGUACAUGAGAAUGUAAUUACGCUAAAUAGAAUAGAACAACCGAGAAGCAACGGACUAUGACAGUUACAUUCCUGUCAUCUCUCCUAAAUACGUAGCCUCUGCCGCCUAUAUGAUCAGGUCGCGCAACUGCAGCUCUGAGCAGGAUUUCCUCUGAAACACCCUGUUGUCCAAUCCCCAUCGGUACUUGUAUGGUGGAUGGAUGACUCAUUUUCCAGUAGUGUCAGUUUACAAGGGUGUAGGUCCAUUGGAUAUUCUUUGCUGCAGCCCCAAGCAAAGAGCACGGCACAUACCUUUCCUUUUCUGAAAGCAAUUGCCAGAAGCUACGAGGUGAAGCUAUCUUCAGAAGCAACCAAUCAAACAAGGAGGUCAUUGCAGGCAGCUCUCGCAUAAUAGUCGCAUCGACGACGACUUCUUUAGCGAUUGGAGAUCCAUCUUGAAGCGACUGGAGAUGGGUUAGAUGUCUGGAGCUUUCUUCAUUUUGCUGGUCCAUCACCAUGUUUCUUCAGGAGAUUAAAGCAACCAACAUUGAGACGGCGGUACACCAAAUAGUUUCUGAACACUUGGAGGAUUCGAGAAAGUCUGCACCCAAGGUCUUCUACUUUGACGGAUGGGAAUAUGGACUGGGUGCUUCUGCGGUGCUUAGAGCUAUAGCGGAGCACCCUCCACCAUCUUUAUGGGAGAAAUUUGACAAGAUCAUCCACAUCGAUUGCACGAGGUGGAAGAGCCGAAGGGCACUGCAAAGAGCAAUCGCGGACGAGCUUAAGAUUACUCAGCAGGUAGCUGCUGAUUUUGAUAGGCAAGAUGAGGAGGAUGAUUUCAGCGGAUUAGAUCAAGGUUCGAGAGCUGAGAUCCCGGACGUCACGAUAGUGAUAGCUCGAUCACUAGGACAGUACAGAUGUUUAGUUAUCUUUCACAAUGGAAGCGAUGGCAUGGUUGACUUGGCAAGCUGUGGCAUUCCACCACCUCAACUUUUCGGUACUAAGGUACUGUGGUGCUUCAGUGGUGGACAGCUUCGUGACAACAGUGGAUUUUUCGAGACCAGGACAUAUCACUCUUCCGUUUUCUUUAUGCUUCUCAUUUUCCUGGCAAAUGGAAUGCAAUACUAGCGGUAGAGGCUAGAGAAAUGGCAUUGUGCACACAUAAGCUUGGCUUUAAUGUCACUCCUGAAAUGUUUACAGAAUGCUUCCUGUAUUACUUAUCAUUGAAUAGCCAAGGUGGCAACCGCAUAGACUACAACUGGGCAACCCAUGCUUCCUGCUACUGGGUUUGCGAUGGGAUCACAGGAGGAGGCCAAGACAACCAAGCAUGGGAGCUUGCUCUUGCUGUGCAGCAGCAUAUAAGACUAGAGGACUAUUCAUCUAAUGCGGUCAAGGACAUUGGUUCUCAGUUGGAUAUUUCCACAAAACAUUGGGUUUGUAUUGCCAACUCCUGUUUCGAAGAAGUUCCUCCAGGGACGACAACGUCCCUAUUCUUUGCACCUGAAACUGGAACCGGAUACGUGCCGUUCCCUAACGAAAGGUUCCAUCAAGCAGACCAACUCCGGGUUCUGAAGUUAUGCCGCUGUACCUUCAACUUUUCAUCACCUCCUUUUCAUUGCUGUCGCAGCUUAAGAUUCCUUGGACUAGACAGCUGCCUGGAUGAACAGCGGCAACUAGGAGAGGAGGAGACAGGUGAACGAGCGGUGGAAACUUUCCAGAGGCUGUGGGUGCUAGAUGUGUGGCACACGGAUUGGGAAUUGGAUUUUCCACAUGAAACAGAAGGACGACCGAUGAUAGUGGCUGCAGACAUUAGAGAGGUUCAUGUAAACAAGGGAAGGAUUUGGCGCAGCAACUUUGCGUGGCGAAGAUUGCCAAACCUUCGCAAGCUUCGAGUAGUCAAGCCUACAAGAUCUUGGGAGACGGGAAGACAAGAUGAAUUCACGGAUAUGGUUAAGCUAGAGCUCCUUGACCUGUCUGGGAACGAGACCAUGCAAGUUUUGCCGAGCCUUUCAGGUGCAACUGGCCUCAAGACACUGGUUCUUGAUGGUUGUGUUGGGUUGGAACAUGUUGGCCCUCAAGGACUCCCUCCAUCUCUUGAAUCAUUCCGCUUGGACACAGGAGAAGAUGAGUAUCAUCAUGAGAGCAAAGCUAAAAUAUCAUCUAUCAGCUUGGCUGGGUGUGCAAGAUUAGUGGACUUCAGACUAUGUGGGUCGUUGCCAAAGCUUGAGGAGCUGGACCUCUCCCACACAGCACUCAAAAUGCUUGACCUUACAAAGGUCGUUACAUUGGUGGACGAUGGUUGGGCAGUCAUUAGGGAAAAACGUGAGCGAGUCUUUUUGGUGGGAUGCGAGCAGCUCCGCUCAAUUCGUUGGCCCUCUUUGCUUCAUCAACUAAGGCUGCCAUGCAUUGACACUCGACCAUCAUCAGGACAAGAGGUGGCCAGAAAACCAUGGCCUUGUGAUCCUUUGCUGGCCUUCCAAGACAAAGGAGAGGAAGAGUACUGCCAUGUAUUUGUUGCCGUCGCAGACAUGAGGUUCCUUGAGUCCCUUCAUUUUCUCGAGCGGUAUAGUUAUGUAUACCAUAAAGUUAAGAUGAUUCUCUGCUGGUCAUCGUCUACUAGCAAAGACGAUGGAAGAAGCUGUUACAAGACGAAGAUGGGCCACGAGUACAGCAGCAGCACCGGACGGGUAGCUGCUGCUGGCUCGCCUCUGCAGGCCAGGUCGUCGACCUACCAUGACGUCAGCACCGAACGACAGAUAACUACUACGCUGAUUGAUGGGAGCAGCUGUGCGUCCUCACAAUUCCAGCCACUGGACGCCCAUUUCGAGAUUGGGGAGGGAAUAGGCGAUGUCACUGAUGCAGUCAGCAGACGGGGACUGGUGGCCAUAACCUUUGUGAUGAACUGGGUCAAGUCGUUGCACGUGCACGACAGUUCGUCCAUCACCACUGUUUACCCUGAACGCUUUUAUCUGUCAGUGCGAGGAGAUACUUGGACAGUAAUGGAUAAGCUCAAGUGGUGCCGCGUGGAGAGAUGCCCCAGGUUGCAGACUGUCUUCGCCACAGACUAUGGUAACCCGAAUUUUCGUCAACUGGAAACCUUCUGGGCGGCUCAUCUCUUGAUGGCCCGUUCUAUUUGGCACAUCAGCCUAAGAAAGUCAAGGUCGAAGAAAUGGCCUGAUCGAUCCUUUGCAGCACUGCGGGCUAUUCACCUUCACUUCUGCCCCAGGCUCAGAUAUGUCCUCCUGUUGUCAUCCUACGACGACUUGUCCAACCAGCUGGAGACCCUCACACAUAUUCUGCUGCGGCGACCUCAGGCAGGUCUUCCCCGUGGAGCGAGGGUUUCAAGAGGAAAUAGCAGCAGCCUCGCAUGAACCCAAAGGCAUGCUGGGAUUCCCUAAGCUCAAGCACCUGUACCUGCACCACCUUUCCAGUCUGAAGCUGAUAUGCGGGGCCAAGAUGUACGCUCCCAACCUCAAGACCAUCUUCAUCAGAGGCUGCUGGGGCCUCAGGCGCCUCCCGGCCACGGACGGCCGCCGCCCUGUGGCCGUGGGCUGCGAGGACUGGUGGGACAAGCUGGAGUGGGACGGCAUGGAGUCCGGCCACCACCCCUCCCUCUUCCAGCCGCGCCACUCCAAGUACUACAAGAAGCGCCACCUGCGAGGCACGGUCCUCCGGUGAACUUGCUGCUUCUACCUUCUCCUGUUCACUGCUUCACUCUGGUGUUGGAAGUGGAACGAUUCCAAGUGUUUGCGUUGCUUCCCAAGACUUUCUCAGUGUGUUUCAAUUCCUCAAGAAUAAAUUGGUUUCUGAUGCUAGCGUACGUCCUGCAUCGACCAAGUUUGCUCUAUCUGUGUGCUUGCUACUAUACUGCAUGUGUGAGUUCGUGUCUGUCUGUCUCUCUUGAGGCUGACGAUGUAUCUCUAUCUGGUAUUCUGGUUUGGUUUGCCUGGUUAUGCGUGUGGCCGUGUGCUUGAAAAUAAGAAGCUGGGAGGAUGCGUCCCCAGAACUGUCCCCCAUGGUGUGAGAGUGUGUUGAUUAUCAAGAACAAAUGGACACAAUAAUGUUUGUUUGUAAUUGAUGCAGCGGUAUGCUAAUGCUGGCUGCAAAUGCCUUUGUGUGAUUUACAUGGAGUGUACCAAUGGAUCA